AUGCCUGGUUUGACGUGUGCUGUAUUUGGAUGUAAAAACAACUGGGCAUCUUCAAAAACAGAAGAAAAACUGACUUUUCAUGUAAUUCCAAGACAAAAAGACUUCCUAUCCACAACAAUACGAAAUGAAUGGAUUGCCUGUUGUAACAGACCUGCUACUUGGAACCCAGACAAUGGUAGAAUUUGCUCAGCACAUUUUUGUGAUCAAGAUUAUGAGAGAGAUCUACAACAUGAACUUUUGGGUUUACCAUUGAGAAAACGACUCAAGAAAACUGCAAUUCCUACCCAGAACUUACCUGGCAUUGAAAUAUUAAAUUCAGAUUCAACAGAAGAUCUCCAAACUAUUCUUAAUGCUAAUACACAAGUUGAUAAUAAUCACAAUGUUUCUCAAAAGUCUACCCUGAAUGUUAUAGAAAAUGAAUUUCUAAAUUGUCCACAAUCCAACCUCCCUCCUGAUGAAGAUUCCACAUGUUCCUCUUAUAAACUCAAAUAUAAUGAGCUCUUAGGUGAAUUCACAAAAUUGAAAGAAAAUUAUACCAAUCAAGGAAAACUCAACAAAAGUAAAAUCAAAACAUUAAAUAAUAAUCUGAGAUAUUACAAAUAUUUUGAACACUUCAAUAGAACUAACCACAGUGGAAAAGGCAUCGUUCGAAGAUUGGCAUCAAAAAUUAAAAAACAUUCAGACUACCCAUUGGAAAUCAUCACUGGUUUUUUCAAACUAAGAACCAUAAUUAAAAUGAACUUUCUGAAUAUGAAGAAAGAAGAGAAUAUUAAAAGGAAGAGACAAAGAGAUGUUACUGAUGAUAGUUCAGAUUCAAAUAGAAAAAGAAUCAGAAAACUUUAUAAAAUCACUAGUUGA